UCCCCUAUAUUGCUUUCGUACACCAAUUACUUUCCCCUUUAAACUUCAAAUCUGAGCAAAUAUUGACAAUCAUCUUGGAUGAAGAUACAUCAGGUUGUACAAGGAGACUCUCCUGUGCUAGAACUGGAAUCCUGAGCCUGUAAUUGGUUUAAUAUUUGUACUAGAAUGACCCGUGUGCAAUCUUGUCACACCAUCGGGGAUGUUGCAACAGUAUAAAAUGUCUCGGCUUUGACUAAAUGCGGAUCGUGUAUGUGUUCAUCACGGGCUGGUGUGGCUACCAAGAAAACCAUCUUUAGCAGCUGGAGCUUGUGACUUUGACAAGUUGAUUAGACAACUCGUUCAGAAACACAUCGACAAUGAGGGCGCUUCUCCUACUUGACGUCAUUUUCGUUGCCUUGGUUCUACCAAUCACGGCAUGGCCGAAGAUCUGCGGAGAGCAACUGGUGGAGACAGUGUCUCUAGUUUGCAGUACACGAGGUUUCUACAGCCAUAGAGAUUCAAAACGAGAUGUUGAGGUUUUCCAGAAUGAACGAGCGGCUAAGAGCUUCCUUGGUUCCCGCAUCGGCUCGAGGCAGCGACGGCGGACGGGUAGAAUCGCCACGGAGUGCUGCGACAGAAUAUGUAGCUUCGACAUCGUGGAGAGUUACUGUAACCCUUGGCCCGUGGCGAUAGAGUCGCGAGACCCGCCUCUAUCUCCCGUCGCACCGGGCAGGGUACGGGAAGAUAAAUCUGCGGACGUGGACUACAUGUACAACCCGGAUGUUGUGGACGUGGAAGAAGCCAACUCGGUCAUACAGCGCGAGGAAGAUCUUAUCGAUGACAUCGAGACGCAAGAACAGGAAAUCGAACAAGAUGAGGAACAGAACAUGCAAACUCUACCCGAAGAAGACGCUGAAGACACAGAUAUACGAGAACCAGAGGACGUUGAAGAAUCUUUCCCAGUUCCAGUCCCGACGAAAAAGAGGAGAAAGGUCGAGGGAAGGAGAUCGAAAGAGAGCAAGAACAAAGGUGGAAAAUCGGAAGGGAAAAACAAGAAGAGAAGCGGGAGCAGGGAAGGGGGACGGUCUUCUCGUCGGAGUCGUGGAAAAAGCUCCCGAUCGAAGAAGCAGAGGGAUGGCCGGGAGAGAAGCAAGAGAUGGGAGGGGCUUGAUACAUCGCACCCAGUAAAGGAACCUACUGCAAGGAGUGUUUUAGGUCGAGUCGAUACCAGACCAUUCCGUAACUUUCUGUACAACCGCUACACUGUAGACGAGAAGCGAGACACUGAAAGAGAAAGCUAUCGAGCGGUGGCGCCCCUUACUGGGUACAAUUCACACCGAGGGGGAUCCCAACCUGACAACCACCCAACACUAGCGGCGCUAUACAACCUUGCAGUUAAACUCGCCAAGGGACUUCAACAUUGACGAAUAAUAGUACAAGAGGAAUUUAUAUGAAAGUACAGCGCCCUCUAACGUGGUUAUAAUUAUAACCUAAAAGGGGUCAUGAUAGUUCAAUUUUGUCCAGUUGUGAUAAGAGUGAACAACAAUGUUCAAACGAAUCAGCUGAUAAAUAAUACUUGUUUGUGUUUAUUCGUUUAUAAUUCAAUUUUGUUUCAACUUAAUUAAAUCCACUGCCGAUCUUUAAAAGAAUCACCAACAUUGAUAUUAUAACUUUUUGAAUCUCAUUAAUUGACUUCAUGUAUCACCAUUGGAAACGCAAUGCUUACUGUCUAAAACAGUUUGUUUCUAAAGUUAUGUGUUCAACAAAUCUUCAAUUGGCGACAUUCGCCGACGGUGGCAGCAGACUUAUCAGACAUAUCUGGUUUGUUUGCUGCCACCUAGCGUUCAAUAUCGAACAUGUCAAUUGCUCUACGUAAUAUACGUAAUUGCUCUACGUAGUACGUAAUUGCUCUACGUAAUAUACUCGACAGUAAGUGCAUGUACAUUGCAGUUUACGGGACACGGAGUCUGCGGGAGUUCUAACGUGCACGUUUUGGGUGAUAGUGUCCGAACUGGACUCUGGCCAUAGCCACCAAUGUGGGACUUUUGGGAAGCUAGGUGGCAUGACAACCAGAUAAAUCUUUUGUUCUCAGUGCGCACUCUCAUAACUAUGUAAACGAUGUAAGUUUACUUGGUAAGUCUGCUUCCACCUAGUGUUCCAAAGUGUCUUGUUCAGAAACGUUCAUCCACACGCAGCUAAAUCCGUCCACAUCUCAUGAAGGGUUAUCACUCUAAAAACUCACGGGUCCCAACCUCAUCCUUGUGUAUUAGUUUGGACAUUGCAAACUUGAUGUUGCUCACCCUGGGCACAAACUUUGCUUAUUAAAACACCCUAAAAAAUCCCCAGUCAGAAUUGACAUGGAUUCCUGGUCUUAAGGGGCUUGAUCCAAUUUUGGGUCAGAUUGACCAAUUUCUAUGACAUUUUGACACAAGUUAUGGGUAAUACUGACCCAGAAAUGGUCAGGCCUCACAAGACCCAGAUCCGAGUCUAAUAUGAAUCGGGUCGAUUCUGAAUCGUGUCGGUUCUGAAUUGGGUCAAUUCUGACUCGGGUAAAUUCUGAUCCGAGAGUCAAUUCUGAUCCGGGAGUUUUCAGUGUGUACUUAAAAUGUAAUGAAGUUUUACUGUGCAAUAUUGUGGUACUCUAAACAGUGUUUGAAUUUACAUAGCCUAUCUAUUUUGAUUAAUGUUUUAGAUUUUUGAUUAAAGUACAUUAUUACGUAAUAAAUUUGUAAUCGACAUUAAAAUGUAAAGAAUCUAAUCGGUUAUGAUAUUAAAGGUGAGAGCAUUACAAGAAAAAUAUGUAAAUUCACGGACAAAAAAAGAUGCUUAUAUUUUUUCUGAUAAUAUGUUAAUCGUAAAAAUUACGUAAUGUUGUGAACGUUGUCUUGAUAUUGUGUAACUGUAAAAGUAUACUAUUUUAUCUGAAAUGAUAUUAUUAUGUAGAAGUAAUUGUUAAGUUUAAGAGUUUAGUUUAACAAAAUGAGUCUGGUUUCGGCAACAAGUUUUGUGGUAAUGGUGUCAAGAAACUAAUGAGGGCGCUCUUUGUGUAAGCGUGCCACUCGCAAGUAAAAAACAAUUUAGGCAUAAAAAAAACAAAAAAACAAAACAACAAUUACAACCAUAGACUAUACACUGCCAGACUAGACUGCACAUUUGAUUAUGCUGCUCCCUGGGUAUGUGGACCGAAGAUGAUGCCCAGCAACCUCAUGACCAAAAGAAAACUAGUCCAUCCAGUUCGAGACUCUCUAGAUGCUAACAAAAGAGGGCGCUUCUCUGAGAUAUCAAAAGAACGACACGCCAAAAGACUAACCAAAAUGAUGUGUAGAUGUACCUUAUUUGCACACAAACUUGCCAAAGCAACCAGUGGUUUACUUUACACAUUCAAGUAACAGAGAAAUUGUCAAAUGCACGGAAGGAAUGGUAUUAAAGUUUGUGCACCAAACACAAGGCAUUCAAAGCAGAACCUAAUACAAUAUUAAUCAUGAAUCGAUUAUGUAUUUGUUGUAAUGAUG